AUGAAACUUUUGAGUGCCUGCAUUGCUGGUGCCCUUGGACAUGGUCGUCUUAUGGAGCCCCCAGCACGAACUUCCUACGCUCUCAACAUGAAUGACCCUUCCAUCGCCAACAACGCCGAUAAGAUUACCUUCUUGUACGAUGACAAUGCCCUUUUCUGCGGAGGGACCAGUCACCAGAUCUCCCAGGGCUACAAGUGCGGAAAGUGCGGCGACGCUUGGGAUCUUCCUCGACCUAGGGACUACGAGUGGGGAGGCAAGUAUGGCCGCUCCGGAGUUAUUCCUCGGGUUUACUCGAUGGGAUCUGAAAUUGAACUCACUGUCCAGAUCACUGCUCAUCACAUGGGCUGGUUCGAAUACUCUCUCUGCAAAAUGAGCGAAACCGACAUCACCGAGCCCGAAAACUGCUUCAACGACCCAAAGGAUCUUCUUGUCUUUGACGACGGAGAAACUCGAUGGAACAUUCCCGGCACCAACGUUGGCGGCGAUCCUGUAAAGGGUGGCUGGUGGUACACUCGAAUGGCACGACUUCCAGAAGGCUUGACUUGCGAUCACUGUGUCAUCCAGUGGCGCUACCACACUGGAAACUCGUGGGGCUGCGACCACGAGACCCAAGUGUGCGGAAUGGGCGAGGGUUACCAAGAAGAGUUCUACGGCUGCGCUGACAUUCAAAUCAUCGAUGGCGUUGUCGACAAACCAGAAGAAGAAAAAGGGCUAGAUAUCGCUGAGUAUUGCAACAAAGUCGGCGCUGGAAUCCACCCGCACCCAGAAUCCUGCGAGGCGUACAUUGAAUGCUCCGGCUUUGCCAAUAGCGUGCUCCGCUGCGCAGAUGGGCUUUUCUUUAAUCCAAAAGUCAGUGCAUGCGACUGGGCUGCAAACGUCCAGUGCGAUCUAUAA